CAAAAUUAGUUCUCUCUGUAGCCCUCCCUCUCUCACAAUUUUCGCACUCUCGUAGAGCCGCAGACUCCUCCACAGAGUCGCCCCCUUCUCCUUUAGCGCCGGCGAAAUUUUCCUCGGCUAACUCCAAUCUUUGUGAAAAAAUAGUGAAAGGAUGGAGUCAAUAGUGAAAAAAUAUCAGAGACAAUUCCGGAAAAUUAAGGGCGAAAUUAGCCGAUGGGAAGAGCUCCGGUCUCGGCUUAUUUCCCAAUUCUCUAACGCAUCUUCCAUAAUCCAGAGGCUGCAGGCGAUUCAAAAUUCGCAAAACUAUGGAACUUUGGGAUGUGUUGAGGGCAUUGAAGGUGUUGUGUUGGCAAAGCAGAUGGAUUCCCUUCAAACUAUCAUCAUCAACAUCAACAGCACUAUGAAAGAAUUCGGUGGGAUUGUUUCUUCCCUUGAGAAGGUAGUUCGUGAUAGCAAGCAGCUUGCGAAAGUGGGGUCUGCCCAGAUGACUGGAAAACAACUGAAGCUACAGAUUGGAGUAAAACCAACUAUUGCAUAUUGCAUAGAAGGACUUAGACUUCUUGAAGAAAUGCAUCGAUCAGAGUACCUUCUCAAAUUAUCUAUUGUAUCAGCGCUUCCUGCCCUUGCAUUGAAACCCAGUGCAAGUGCUGACUUAGGGGCACUUCAACAGCUUUUAGUAGAUCAACCUAAUAUCCCCCAAGAAGAAGUGCAACAUAUAUACAACAUCAUAUUUGCUGAAGAAAUUUCUUGAAGUGUUUGUUGUACAUGGUAAUGUCGAAUUCUGAAGAAGGAAAGUUCGAUGGCCUUGAGCAUUCAUUACUGAACGGAAAUGGUGAAAGAAGCAUUAUUGAUUGCUCGGACCUCAAUCAAAGGAAGGCAAACUUCCGGAUCUUGUGACCUGUAAUAUCAUAUCACCGUUCCUUGCAAGAGCCCACAAUUCAAGCUUAACCCAUGAACUGAAUCUGGAGUCUCGAUUUUUCUUAAUAGAUUAGAAUCUGUAUUUUCUUAUACUGCAGGGUUCGAAAUUUUUCUUCCCAGCAAGUUUUGGAAAAUUUCAUGUUGAUUGAAAGGGUAGAAGGUACAUUUUUUGAAGUGGUUUGUGUUUGUUCGGUCGAUAAAAAAUGGUUGCGGUUUGGAACA